AUGAAGAAACUUUUAUUUUUUAAUCAUUUACUCGGAAUUGCAUAUGCGGCGUUUGUUUUAAAUAAUUAUUUACCUACUUGUGACUAUGCCUUAAAGAAACAUGACACCAUCACCGUUGUUAGAAAAGAUUGGACAGUAUCUACCCCGAACUCAGUUAUAAUAUUUAAUUUAUGUGAACCAGUGAAUGAUGGAAUAUGCAAAGGUCAUUUGGCUUGUAUUAAAAAUAAAACUGAUAGUUCAGUUAAAUUAUUAAAUGGAAAUUUUGAACGUAAAUUUUUAAAAGGAAAUUCUGAACACCCUGAUACUGAUGAAGUUGUUCUUAGAAGUAAUAAUGCAAAUUGUACAUUGACUGUAAAAUGGGAUUGUAAUCUGUCUAAACAGGAUGAAACGAAAGUGGAGGUUCUUAAAGAUUGUGAUUACGUAGUUUCAUUGUUUUCAGUGUCUAACGACUGUAUUCGCCCUUGUGGAGCAAUCAUCAAUGCCCAAUUAAUAGACUUAUCGCCCUUGAAAGGCAAAUACAAUGUGAGUUCGUCACUCGGAAAUUUUAGUAUUUCCUUAUGCGACGUGAACACUGACUGUCCUAAUAACGCAUAUAACGUGUCAAGUUGUCUUAUUAAAGGCAAUCAUAUUCUUCCAAUUUCAUCGGGAAGUGAACUGGUCUCAUAUAAUGGAGAUUCUAAUGAAAUUAAGCUUCAUAAAAAAUCAAAAUUUGAUAAAGGAGAAAAAAUAUUCGAAUUAUUCAUAAAAUGCAAUUGGUCCACUAAAAUAUCCAAUUUUCAUUAUAAAGAAGCAGCCAAGCAAGGUAAAACGUUUAAGUUUGAAAUGGAAUCUUCAUAUGGUUGUGUUAAACUGCCUCCAGUUUGUGAAAUACUUGACCAAUAUUACAAGUAUAACAUUUCUAAAAUCUAUAGCAAUGUUGGAUAUGUAAAAGUAGAAAACGUGACAGGUUCAAGAAUUAUAUUAUUAAAUAUUUGUGGCCCGUUAAAACUACCUUAUAGUGCUGAUAAUGUUUGUACAAAGUCAUCUUCACAAGUAUGUGAAAUAAAUGGAAAUGAAUACAUUAACAAAGGCAGCAUUUAUACAAACUUUAUACCUUCAGAAGAGAAAAUGUCCAUGUCAUUAAUAAGCGGUUCCCAAUGUAAUAGUAACACCACAUAUAAAACGACAAUUGAUUUUCAUUGUUCGGAAUUAGAAGAUUCUCCAAAGUUUGUAAAAGAAGAAAACUGUGAACUAUUUUUGACUUGGAAUACACCUGUUGCCUGCCCUGCACCUGAUAGUGAUAGUUGUAAGAAUAUUCACAAUGACAUAUUCGAAUGUGAUAUUACGAAAACAACUAAAAAUUACAACGAAUCAUAUGAUUUAAGUAAAUUACAUCGCCCCAACGGAUAUGUGGUUAAAAAUAAAAACGUCGAAUACCAUUUGAAUAUUUGCGGACCAGUUGACGAUAGGGAUGCACCGUGCAAGAAAAAUUCUGGAAUUCUAGCAAAAUAUUUGGACGAGUUCGAUAUUAGGAAAAAGGUAAAAUCAUUUGGAAAAUUCAACAAACCAUACCAAGAAAGGAACUAUUUAGUAAUGGAGUCUGCAGGUGGUGAUUUUUGUAUUGAGAUGAACAUGGAUUAUAAAAGCGUGAUACAGUUCGAGUGUAGUGAAAAGAGUGAUAUAAGUGUUAGAAACUCCACCAAUUGCACAAUAGAUUUGCUGUGGAAAACAGACCAAGCUUGUCUAAAUACAAUUUGGUCGACCAAAAAAUGCCUAUUUAAUCAUCCUUUCGGCGAUGGGUACGAAUUGGACUUGACGAAAUUAGAGAAAACUUCUUUGGCGGCAAAAGAAUCUGGCGUAGAUUAUUUGUUUGAUUUGUGUGGUAAUGGAAAAUCGCAAUGCUCUUCAAACAAUUGUAUCUAUGUACCAGCGAGUAAAAAUGUGACAGCAUAUGAAAAUAAGACUUACAUAGACUUUACUUUAAAUAGAGGAUGUAACAAAAAUACUAUAUUUAAUAAAGCUAAGUUUGAAUUAGUAUGUGAUGACAUAACUGAAAACGAUCAUUACGUUUACAAAGGAAUCAAAGAUUGUACUAUGGUAUUUCAGUUGAUAACAAGCCAAGUUUGUUAUAAAAGGGACGUGAUAGUACCAUUAGUAGGCCAAGCAGCCGAUGAUAUUAAUAAUUAUCACGUUGAUACCAAUCCACCAUCAGAAUUUAAGUCAAACUGUAAUGUCAAAAAUCAGUAUACGGGUUACCAAUUUAAUAUUAGUCUAUUAAAAUUAAAUGUUUCUUCGUCUAAAUGUCCUGAUAUUGCUUUCAAUGUCGAGGAUCAGAUGAUUUAUUUAGUAUAUGACCUAUCACAUGGCUGCCAAAAAGAAAAUGGUGAUCUAAGUCGACUUGACUUUAGAGUGAUGUUGAAAUGUAAAACGGAUCAUUAUCAAAAUACUACUACGAAUGGAAUAUGUUCCCAAAAUAGAACCUUUGAAUUAAUAGAGGCUUGUAAACUACUAGAUAAAUACGUUAUAAAUAAUAAAAAUGUACGAGCUUAUUCGUCUGGAAUUAUAGCAGCUAUAGUUAUAUCUACACUAGUAAUGGCUGUGCUAAUAGCAAUAUUUUUUUAUUGGUUGUACAAGAAGAUGCAAAGAAGAAAUUGGACUUACGGAUCGUUAUUUGCAUCCUAUGAGAAGGAUGUUGACUUAUAG